AUGGAAGACGGCCGUGCAGAGAGCGGCGAGCUUCGAUGCCCCGUUCCGCACGCCGAAAAUACCCCGCUUCCGCCUGGACACCCCAGUGUACCGAAUGCAAACCCAUCGACGCUCCAGCCUCCGUCAGGAGAGCAUUGCAUUUUCUUGCGCCAAUCUGAUGACGCGCCAACUGUGCCAUCAGCCGAUACAUCGCGGCCCGUCGUCGUGCCCCCGCCCAUUACGAGCCCGGAGGAUGCGAAAUAUGUACUGGUCUUGUCUAGUCGGAAAAGCGAGCUGGCAGUUCGUCAGGCGUCUCUCGUCCAAUCUUUGCUCGAGCAGCAGUUUGGCCAGGCAGCCUUGGCGUCGCCCGCCGAGAGCGAAGUUCGCCAAUUUUUGCAGUCGUUUGCACCAUCCAGCGGUAUUCGACCGAUAGAUUUCCCUGUACGCACGAUGUCGACGUUAGGUGACUUGAAUCUCAAGGCGCCGCUUUGCGUGAUUGGCGGUGAGGGUCGUGCUAUUUGGACAAAGGAGCUGGAAGUGGCGCUGAUGGCCGGUGCCGUUGAUGCGAUUGUGCACAGUCUCAAAGACGUACCGACUACCAUGCCUGAAGGCACAGAACUUGCUGCGAUUCUCGAACGCGAAGAUCCACGUGAUGCGCUGGUCGUGAAGCAAGGUCUGCCUUACAAGAGCCUCGACGAGAUGCCCAAGGGAUCUGUGAUUGGUACCUCGUCGGUACGUCGUGUGGCAUUGCUGCGUCGCUCAUACCCCCACCUCAUGUUUAGUGAUGUACGUGGCAAUAUCAAUACACGCCUCGCCAAGCUGGAUGCGAAUGACGGACCCUACACGGCGCUGGUGUUAGCUGCCGCAGGGCUCAAACGCAUGGAAUUGGACCACCGCAUCACUGCUUAUGUGGCGGAGCCUGUGUUGCUGCAUGCAGUGGGGCAGGGAUCGCUGGCUAUUGAAAUACGCACGCCUCGUGAUGCUUCAGCAGAGCGUGAUCAGCGCAUCCGGCACAUGAUACGAAGUAUUUCCAAUUGGCGCGCGAGCUGGCGAUGUGCUGCGGAGCGUGCGCUGAUGCACCGCAUGGAAGGUGGAUGUUCUAUCCCGCUAGGCGUGGCGACGCGCUUUGAUGACCACAGUGACAUUGAGGGCCAGUUGAAUGAGCGCCUCGAGACGCCGCAGGAAAUGCUGCACGCAGGUGUGUCGCGCCCUUCCAUACAGGUGGCUGCUACUCCUCCUGAAGAGGGAUGCCGUCUGACCAUGUCAGCUGUCAUUGUGUCAUUAGAUGGCUCACAGCAGUGCCAGCAUACAGAGUCACUCGUGUGCCGCAGCAUCCAAGAUGCCGAGCAACUUGGCAUCCAAGUCGCUGAGGACUUGGAACAUAAGAAAAAUGCACGCGUCAUUCUCGCCGAGGUCGAACACCAUCGACAGCUCGCAGCUGCAGCCGACGAAAAGCGGCGAGCAGCCACUGCUGCUGGCAACAAGCCACAGGCGUCGUCACAGGCUGCCGAAAUGGAUCGCCGUGGCUUACCGCGUGAUGAUGGCGCGCCGAAAGCAUGGGAAGUAUAG